CCGCCAGCUCCACUGGCCGCUGACGGGCCACGACAGAGUCCAGCUGGUUGCCUUAAGUUUGUGUCUCCCCCCCCCCCCCCCCCCCCCCCCAAACCCUGUGUGACCCUCGCUUUCUGCCCUCAGUUCAAGCGCAAAGGCGUCCUCUCCAAGUACGACGAAGAGAUCGAAGGGGAGAGGAAGAAGUCCUUCAAGCUGGACGCGGUGGGCAUGGCGGACGGCUCCCGGGAACGGGAGCUGCAGGCCAUCCGGGACAGCCUGCAGAUUCGGGCCCAGUCGCUGGACCUGCCCAACCUCCACCUGGCCUCGGAGUACUACACCCCCGAAGAGAUGACUACUUUCAAGAAGACGAAGCGACGGGUGAAGAAGAUACGCAAGAAGGAGAAGCCGAUGAAGGCCGAGGACCUGCUGCCCUUUGGCAUCGAGAGCAGCGAGCAGGAUUUCGGGUCCAGGACCCGGGGCCGGGGUAAACGGCGAGCGCCCGUGAAAGAGGAAGAAGAGGAGAAGGAGGAAGAGGAGGAGGAGGGAUCCCUGGUCACCAGCAGAAACGGAGCAGGAGAGCAGCUGAUCCAGUCAGACGACAUCCGUGUAGAAAAAAUGGAGAUCAGCAGUGAGGAUGAGGAAGCCAUGGAAGACCCCGACUCUCCCGCUGUCCUGGAGGAAGAUGAGGCCGAGGUGGAGCUGCAGAAACAGCUGGAGAAAGGGCGGAAGCUGAGGCAGAUCCAGCAGUUGAAGGACAGCGGUGAAAAGGUGAUUGAAAUGGUGCGGACCCUGGGGCGCAGCCGGAGCCAGGAGGACGACGCUGAGCUCGAGAAGAAGGGGGCCAUUGUCUUUAACGCCACCUCCGAAUUCUGCCGCACACUGGGGGAGAUCCCCACCUACGGGCUGGCCGGGAACCGGGAGGAGCAGGAAGAACUUCUGGACUUUGAACGCGAUGACGAGAGGUCAGCCACCGGCGGCUCCGACUCGGACGGCGAGGAGAACAUCGGUUGGAGCAUGGUCAACCUGGAUGAAGAGAAGCACCAGCAGGAUUUCUCCACCUCGUCCACCACCAUCCUGGAUGAGGAACCCAUCGUCAACCGGGGACUGGCCGCCGCCUUGAUGCUGUGCCAGAACAAAGGCUUGCUGGAGACCACGGUGCAGAAGGUGGCACGGGUGAAGGCGCCCAACAAGUCGCUGCCCUCGGCCGUUUAUUGCAUUGAGGACAAGAUGGCCAUCGAUGAUAAAUACAGCCGGCGGGAGGAAUACCGGGGAUUCACUCAGGACUUCAAGGAAAAAGAUGGCUACAAACCCGACGUGAAGAUAGAAUACGUGGACGAAACGGGGCGCAAGCUCACCCCCAAGGAGGUAAACCCCCACCCCACACCCCCAGGGGUCUUUUCACAGUUCCCCUUCCUCCCAGGGAAGAACCUCUGCAGCUAUUAUUAGUAAUUAUCAUCUCUU